AUGUGCACCAGCGGCCAGAUUAUCGGGAGCCUCCUGGUGCUCUCUGUGCUGGAGAUAGGGCUGGGGGUGUCCAGCGUGGCCGUGGGGGCGGUCAGCUUCAGCCUGGCCCUCCGAGAGCACAAGCCGCAGCUCGGAGACUCGUCCCCGGUAUGGAGCGGGGUGUGUUUUCUUCUUUGUGGCAUAUGUGGAAUACUGUGCGCCAAAAAAAAGUCAGGACUUAUCAUGAUCCUCUUUUCAGCUUGCUGUAUCUGUGGACUCAUUGGGGGCAUCCUGAAUUUUCAGUUCCUCCGGGCGGUCACCAAGAAGACGUCUUCCCUGUACCCUCUGCACCUGGCCUCUAUGUCUCUGGCUUGCAUUGGGAUUGGAGGCUGCACCCUGUCUUCUUGGCUCACCUGCAGACUGGCGAGCUACGAGCAGAGAAGGAUGUUCUCGGAGAGGGAGCAUUCCCUGCAUCACUCGCAUGAGAUGGCUGAGAAAGAAAUGACUGACAACAUGAGCAAUGGAGGACCACAGCUAAUAUUUAAUGGAAGAGUAUAAUCAUAUUUUAAAGAACUGAACUUUUAUUUCUUUUUCUAAGAUUUUCAUGAGGCAAGGAGAUACCAAAGGACUAGGAGAUAAAUUUAAAUCAAUUCUUACACUUGCCUUUGCCUCUCCUGAGUAUCCGCUAAAAUUAUCCUUCCUCAAUUUUGCCUCCAGCUUUUUCUUUUUAUGGGAUGAAAAACUUCCCAGAGAUGUCCUAGCACAGUAAUUUCAGCAGACUUUGCAGAUUAUUCUAAAACAGAGUUUUCAGUUAGAAAAGAAAGCAGAAAUAAGAUUCACAUUCUACACAAACACUAUGCGACUCGCAUGAAUAUUAACUUCGUGAUGACAUUUCAUAUGAGCAACAGAAAAGUAC